UUCAUGGGCUUCUCCUUCAACGAUGGUUCGUGUUGGCAGAAUCGAUUCCUUAUUGUAGUGCUUUUUUUCUUCAAGGAUAAAUACCCCGCCGACCUAGCCCAAACCGGACUGCUUUCCAUUUUUUACCAGCAGCCUCCUCAACUGCAUCCAUACCAUUCAAUCCUUACAAGUUAUAUUACACCUUAACCACGCCACUCUCUUUAAACCCACUAAAUUAUCAACAACAACAACACCGGCAAAAUGAUGAUCAAGGCUGCUUGGAUUAUUGUUGCCGCGCUUUUCAUUGGGAAGUCAGCUGAGCUUGCCAUCCCAGCCAAGUCAGACGCAAGCUCGUAUGGCCAAUACAAGCCGGAUGUGCCACAAAACCCAAGCCCCUCAUGGCCAGGAAAGCCCGGUAGUGGAGACUCGGACACCGAGAACGGCACCACCAAAGACGCCGAUAGCAAAGCAGGGUCUGGUGCAGGCAGUCCGCCCACCCCAACUGGCCCGACCAGUGGCUUGGAACCGCCGAGCACCCACAUGAACGGGACGAUCGCGGAUGCGGACAGCCAACCGGCGCCAGAUGGGGCCAGUCCAGCAGCAAGCCCGACCGGCCCGAAGGGUGCCUUCGAGCCCCCAAGCAGCCAGAUGAAUGGCACGGCCUCAGAUGGCGAUAGCCAGCCCGCGCCCAUCAGUGGUGGCGACAACAGUCCAGAGCAAAAGAACCCGAACGGGUCCUACCAAUCUCCAAGCAGUGGGAUGAAUGGGACGAUUGCCGACGCCCAAGGCAAGCCUGGUUCCGCCCCGGACUCCGGCCCCGAUGACCACUCACUCGGCGCCCCCUCUCAGAACGGGACUCUCUCAAGUCCUGUGGACAAGCAACCUGGCGGCGAUCAAUCCGGCGACGACCAACCUAGCGGUGGUCAACCUGCGGGCGGCGACCAAUCUUCUGGGGACGCCUCCGGCCCUGGCCACCCUUAUGUCAAGCGCAACCCCGCCUCAACGGUGAGCCCUUAUCCGGCCGGUAAGAACAGCUCCGACUGCGAUCAACCCGGGCCCUCUCCUUACCAGGGCAGUCUUAACAACGGCACCCAGCCUGCUUUGGAUGACAAAGACGCAUCGUCCACGACUGCUCCCGACGAGCAAGCUGACCACUCCGGGGACAAGAAGCCGUUACCAGACCACAGGCCGGGUUCGGAGGAAGGAGAUGAGGACUCUGACGACGAGGACUCCGACGAGGAUGAGGACGAGGAUGAAGAUGAGGACCAAGACGGGGAGGCGGAUGGAUCGAAGAAGAAGGGGCAAUCCAAGGACGCAUCGGAGGGGUCCGCCGACGAUGGCCCCUCUUCGGUCCCCCCUCAGACUCCCGCCAACGGAGAGGUCCAGUCGCCCACCUCGAAAAAACCCGCCGACGAUCAUCCAGACUCGUAUCGUUCCCUCGCUUCGCCUGCCGACAAACACAACAAACCCGCCGCUCCUGGCGCCGGGUACUGAGCUACACCCUUUUGUUCGUUCGCAAUGGUGUUUUGUUGAUCGAUCAUUAAGUGCAACUGAACAUAAAUCAUUCCUCUCUCUUUCUUUCCUUUAGCUUGUUUUUUGUUUUCUUUUCUAUAUGCAUCUCUCGAAGCCCAAAACCAACCAGAAACGCUCUAUUUAUAUACAUGCUUUUUUCUCAAUUCAAUUCAUUUCUCAUGACCAAGAUGAGGGAAUGGGCUUUCCCAGCUUGCAGAGUGAAUCAACGGGAGGUUUCUUUCUUCUGUGAUCAGUAAUGAUCAUGAGCUGUGUGUGUCCACAUGCGAGCGGAGAACUGAUUCCGCAUCUACAUACAUAUAAGCAUUCCUGCCCCGUUGCGGCUUUAUCGUAACAAAAAAAACGCCGGUUUUUAAUUAUGUGCAAAGUUUCUGAUCGGAUUGGUUGACAGAAUUAACAACAUCCAUGAAAACUCUUUCUCACCAGGU